AUGGUAGAUCCACGUCUCAAUCUGGAAUUUCCAGUAACAAGCUUAAAUCAAGCGGUCGGAGUUGCAGCUAUGUGUCUUCAAGAUGAUCCAUUGGUCCGUCCCUUUAUAUGCGAUGUUGUAACCGGUCUUAGUUUCUUAGCAAUGGCUCCACCUGGUGGUGCCCUUCCUAAGCUUCUUUCAGCGCGUACCCCAUCUCCAAGCUCAAAAACAUCAAGUGAACACACCGAAGAUUUUAAUCGACAUAUGGACAGUGAACAAGAGGAUUCAGCAAGUUCCCUAAAUAAAAUUACAGAAUCAAAAGAAUGGGAUUCUCAAGAAGCAGAUUGUUGUUCAAGUUCAAGCAGCAGCAGGUAUGUAGAAUCCUCCAGUCGAAGGGAUGGUUCGGAUUCUAGGCCUCGUUAG